GUACGUGAAAAUGUGCCGAUUCUAACGAAACGACGGUCCGUCGCUUGUCCGCGCGGAUAUUACAGUUCGAGAAGCGAGAUGCCACGGAGAGUGUACGUUUUACUUCUCCUGUACGCGACGAUAAUUCUCAACGCAGAAUGCGCGAGUGGUAUUCGAGAUCGUUGCUCGGAACUGAUCGAGUUCGACGUCGACGAGAUCGAGAAUCACUUGUCCGAAUUAAAUCUCACGGACGUGCCUACGGUGAAGAUGAUGACCGCCGGAUUCAAGUGUCCGGUCUCCGAUCUGCCUUUCGGUGCGCUGAAGUCGGACUGGGCCAGACUGUUGUUGCUGCGAGAGGCUCAACCCGACGGGUCGAUCGUCAAGCUCAAGCUCGUACGGUUGAUGCGACUAUUAAUAAUCGCUUAUUACCAAAUGGAGGAGCGUAUUCAAGCGACGGGUCCUGAGGCGCAGGCCGCAGAGAAAUCUCUGGUAGGUGAAACAACGACGACCACGGACGAGACGAGCCCAAGCAACGGCAGUAAUUUCUCGGGACCCGAAACCCCGGGCAACAAUGCGAGUCGUCGUUGUUCGCGUACGGAUUCGUUCUCGAACGAUAUAACGCGACUGGCCACCCGGAACGACUGCCCGGGGAUAAAAUCGAGCGCGACGAUAAUCGAAAUCGCGACGAUGAGGAACCUGCCGAGUCCCAAUGGAACAGCCGCUGACGUUCCACCCUCCGCGACGCGUCAGAACGUUACGUCGUCGAUCGAUCCUGGCGGCGCGAAGAAGGCAGCGUUGAAAAUCCUGGGUAAUUGCUUGAAGCAUUCUUUCAAGGACGUCGCGCGGGCACAGAGCAAGGUGUUCGAGAUCGUGAGGGAUAAGGCGCGAAAGGGCAACGAGAUCGACGAUCGCGGGGGAGAUCGCACCCUCAUCAGACUAUCGUCGCCCGCGAACGAAUCCUGGCAACACGUGACGUUCGCCACGAGGGCUCCGCUAACUCUCUCUGGCAUAGCAGCGCCGGCCUAUCGAACGCGGGGAUCAAACGGGCUGAGGAAAAGCCCGCGGAAGUUGCAGAAACGCAUGAAAUUAAACAAGGACCUUUACGAAGUCUUCAGACGGUUUUACGGCGUCGGCGAAAAUGAAAAGGGCACGAAGUGAGUGUCUUCCGCCCCUAGUAGCACAGUGUAUCGGCACACAGUGGCCCAAAUACAACCAAACAUUGGGCCAUUGUUUAACCAAUGUUUGGUCAGUGCACUGUGCUACUAGGGGCGUUUCGAUGUCGCACGAAAUGGUCGUGCUUCUCCCCGGACUUCUUCGAUAAGCUCCGUGUACUUUUAAACGCUCGAGAUUAUUGUUGCAAAGUAUAUAGUGAAAAGUUGAAAAUAAGUCUUUUAUAGACACGAACAAACACAACACACACAAACUUAAAGAGUAUAAGAAAUUUUCUGUUGGCUAUAGUUCAGGAUAAAUGAUUCUAUUAUACAGGGUGUACCGGGAGGAAAGGUCAAUAUUCUGAGAGGCGAUAGUUAUCGGUCAUUUCAAGCAAAAGUGUUCAUACAGAUAUAUGUCCCAUUCCCCACUGUUUCUG